UGACACGGCAAUUUGGAGUAACUGAUCAGCCUAAAGCUGUAAACAGUCACAACUAUCGCAGGAAGUCGUUUUUUGGUAAGGCCGAUACUUAUCAUAACGAUGACAAUCCAAAUCGACAUCAAAAAUGA